AUGCUUGCCUCCAUGACGAGCUGCGCCCGGGAGCGCCUCGGAGCUUGCCUCCCGCAGGUGGUCCCUGCCCUCUGCAACGUCAUCAAUGAUGAGCAUGUCAAGGUGAAAGAGGCGGCGCGAGAAGCUUUCAACAAGAUUGCCGACAUCAUCAAAAGCCCUGAGCUUAGAGCUAUCGCGCCGGAGCUCAUCUCAGCUUUGACGGACGGUGCUCAGUACGAACAUAUCACCCGCGAUGUGCUGGACAAGCUCUUGGGCACGUCCUUCGCCACACACGUGGAUGCGCCAUCCCUGUCCCUGGUGUGUCCCGUCAUUCAGCGUGCUCUCAAAGAGCGGUCUGCCGAGAUGAAGCGCAAGGGUGCGCAAAUUGUGGGUUCCAUGGUCAUGUUGAUCAAGGAUCCGAAGGACAUUCAACCCUACCUGCCACUUCUUCUGCCUCAACUGAAGCUUACCUUGGUCGAUCCUAUUCCAGAUGUGCGUGCAACGUCUGCAAAAGCUUUUGGCAUACUGGCACAGGUGCUGCCAGAGGACAUGCUAGGCCUGGCGUCCAGAAUCAGUACCUUUAUUUGA